AUGUUAGAUAAAUUUCUUCUUAUUCGACCGGCACAAUUGACAUGUUUUGUCUCCAUUUGUAAACGUUAUGUACGUACAGCACCACCAGUCAAUCAUUCGGCUUCUACUGAAGUGUCAUCAUCGGUAAUGAAAGAAGAGAAAACUGCGAUCGAUUCAACAGGAGAAGUAUUUACAUUUAGACAUGGGCCACCUCCUGAUAUUAAGCCAGUCGAAGAUUUAGGUCCAUAUGAAAUUCGUUUACAAAACAUUGGUUGUACAAAUCGUCGAUUUGAUCGAAUUGUUGUUCAAAGAAUGAAACAUUCACCGAAUGCAGAUGAAAUUAUUGAAAAUCUUGGUUCAUAUGAUCCAAUACCCAAUGAUAAAAACGAAGUUUUAAUUGCACUCAAUUUAAAACGGCUACGCUAUUGGAUUGGUACUGAAGGAGUCGUAAUUAAUCCAUGGGUGCAAAAGCUACUCGGACGUUAUGGUUUUUUUCCUGUUGAUCCUGCCGAUUAUGUUGAUGCGUAUCGAGCACGAAAAAUAGCUGAAAAUCGUUUAAGAUAUCCAGAAAAAAAAGAGGAAGAAGAAAAACAAGAAGAUGCAUAA